AUGAAUCUCCCAUUGGAUUGCGAUGUGCUUGUCGUUGGCAGCGGCAACGCCGGCUUCUGCGCAGCCAUAUCGGCCGCCCAGUCCGGUGCCCAGAAAGUGGUUAUCAUUGACAAAUGCCCUGAAGAAUGGGCUGGCGGAAACUCCUAUUUCACUGCAGGGGCGUUUCGCACUGCUCACGAUGGCCUGGAGGAUCUUCUUCCCUUGGUGAACAAUGUUGAUCAGACUACAGCACAGAAGAUCGAGAUGGCAGCCUACACCGAGGCUGACUUCGCUGGCGACAUGAACCGGGUGACUGGCAAUCGGACUGACCGGGACCUGUGCCGGAUCUUAGUGACUGAGUCCAAUCCAACAGUCAAGUGGUUAGCAGCCAACGGAGUCCGCUUCCAGCUUUCCUUCAACCGUCAAGCCUAUGUAGUCAACGGCAAGAUCAAGUUCUGGGGCGGACUAGCCCUCAAAACCCAAGAUGGCGGCAAAGGACUGAUUCAAGACCAUAUUCAAGCCGCUCAGAAGCAUGGAAUCAGCAUCUUCUACUCGACCGCGGCACAGCGGCUCAUUCGCGACCCAGCCUCCCGCGCCGUGACCGGAGUCGAGGUCGUACAACAGGGCCAGGAAAAGACCAUCCGAGCCCGUGCCGUCAUCCUUGCCGCCGGCGGAUUCGAAGCCAACCCACGCAUGCGAGCCCAGUUCCUCGGUCCUGGCUGGGACGCCGCCCUGGUUCGCGGUACGCCUCACAACUUCGGCGAGGGUCUCGAGAUCGCCAUCCGCGACGUCGCAGCCAAACCCGCAGGGAACUGGUCCGGCUGUCACUGCGUGGCAUGGGAUGCCAACGCGCCUGCCAACUCCGGCGAUCGUGAAGUCUCCAACGAGUUCACCAAGUCGGGCUACCCGCUCGGCAUCAUGCUGAACCGCCAGGGCCACCGAUUCGUCGACGAGGGCUCGGAUCUCCGCAAUUAUACCUAUGCCAUGAUCGGACGACAGAUCCUACGCCAACCAGGGCACGUCGCAUUUCAGGUGUGGGAUUCGCGGGCGACAUCCUGGCUACGCGCGGAGGAAUACCGGCCUGAGGUCGUACAGCAGAUCACUGCAUCGACGAUCACCGAACUCUCGGAGAAAUGCACCGAGCAUGGUCUAGAAGAUCCGCGACAGUUCGAACGCUCCGUCCGCGAGUACAACGAAGCCGUAUAUGAAAGCCAACGGCAGGAUCCAGAUAGAUCAUGGGAUCCGGCCGUGAAGGACGGCCUGUCGACUCAAUCGCCGACAGCUGCAUUGGCGAUUCCCAAGUCUAACUGGGCUCUGCCUAUUGACCAAGGCCCUUUCCUAGCUGUCAAAGUCAGCGCGGGGAUUACCUUCACGUUUGGUGGACUGGCAGUCAAUCCGGAGACUGCGGGUGUUAUAUCGUCCUUGACGAAUGAGGAGAUCUCUGGGUUGUAUUGUGUCGGAGAGAUGCUUGGGGGGUUAUUCUAUGAUAACUAUCCCGGAGGGAGUGGAUUGACCUCAGGGGCGGUGUUUGGUCGACGUGCCGGACGGGCUGCUGCUGCUGCUUCUCUUGCGUAG